CACACACAAACAAGGCACUGACCAACAACAACCACCAAACCAAGGUUGUUCGUCGUUCUCCAUCUCAUCGUCGAUCCGAUCACAUCACCACUCACACAGCAACAACAACGAUGGGACUGUGUGGGAUUGUCAGCUGCGUGGCUUACGUGGUCACUGCGCUGUUUGUGACGGCGCUGGUGCGCACGUAUGUCAAGGCCGGUGCGCAGGCGGCGACGGCGCAGUUCAUCGCCGCCCUGCGAGCAGCCAUCCCCGGCCUGAACGCCAUCCUGGCCUUUGUCAUCGCGCGUGAAGCACAUGACGCCGUGGGCAAGCUCAUGCCAAAGUCCGGCGACGGCGACGACGGCGCGGAAAAGAAGGCCAUCUCGGAGCGCGUCACCCUGCCGGAGAAGGGCGUUCCCGUGGAGGAACUGCUCGAGCGCAUGCGGGAGCUGAAGAACAAGGACGCCGACGCAGACCAUGGGCGCCUCUUUGCCCUUGUGUACACCACGGAGAAGGACAAGCACAUGCAGGCCGUUCGCAAGGCACAGUCCAUGUUCAAGGACAAGUAUGGCCUUACGGAUGAGUCCAUGGACGCGUUUGUGACCCAGGCUUACAACAUCUUCUCCCACGAGAACGGGCUCAACCCGGCCGCCUUCCCAAGCCUUCGCCUCUUUGAGACGGAGACGUGCAGCAUGAUUGCGGACAUGUUGAACGGUGACGAAAACGUCGUUGGCAACCUCACCUCCGGCGGCACGGAGAGCAUCCUCAUGGCCGUCAAGACGUACCGCGAUAUGGCUCGCACCCUACGCCCAAGCAUCACCGACCCGGAGAUUGUGUGCCCCAUCACGAUCCACCCUGCGUUUCAGAAGGCCGGCGCGUACUUCAACGUGCGCAUCGUGACAGUGCCCGUGGACAAGAACAUGCGCGCAGAUGUCAGCGCCAUGGCCAAAGCCAUCACCCACAACACCAUCGCCCUUGCCGUCUCCGCCCCGCAGUACCCGCACGGCAUUGUUGACCCUGUUGAGGCUGCUGGUGCGCUGGCGGAGGCACGCGGCCUGCCCCUGCACGUCGAUGCGUGCUUUGGCGGCUUCAUGCUGCCGUGGGUGGAGAAGCUCGGCUAUAAGGUGCCCGUGUUUGACUUCCGCGUGAAAGCCGUCACCUCCAUGUCUGCCGACAUCCACAAGUACGGCUGGGGCGCCAAGGGCGCGUCGUGCGUGCUGUUCCGCAACAAGUCCAUCCGUAAGCACAUGAUCUUCGCCUACUCCAAGUGGCCCGGUGGCCUCUUUGUCUCCCCAAGCAUGGCCGGAACUCGCCCAGGUGGCACAAUUGCUGCCUCGUGGGCGGCCCUUAAAGCGCAGGGCAAGGACGGCUUCAUGCGCAUUGCCCGCGACACGAUGACCACGACCACCAAGCUCAUCACCGCCAUCCGCGCCUUGGACGACCUCGACAUUGUUGGCGAACCCAACAUGACCGCCUUCGCCGUCAUCUCCACCAACCCGAGCGUCGACAUCCAGGCAGUGGCAGAUGUGAUGGAGAGCAAGAACUGGAAGGUUGAGCGGCAGCAGAACCCGACGUGCCUGCACUUCAGCAUUAUGCCGCACCACGCCAACGCCGCCGACGACCUCGUCCAGGCCCUCAAGGACGCUGUGACGGCUGUGAAGAACCACGAGCUGUCCGCUGAGGGCGUUGCUGCGAUGUACGGCAUGGUGGAAAAGAUGCCGGACAAGGGUCUCGUCACAGACUUCCUCAAGAACCUCAUGAACGACAUCUACUCGUAACUUGAGCCGCCACACAAGACAGAGAGGGGGGAGAGAAAGGGAUGUUCCAUUCUCCCUCUUUCGGGGGUUUUCCCCCUUUGUUGCCUUUGUUGGUGUUUUUCCUUUUAUGGGGUUUUGCGCGUUGCUUUCAUCCCUUGCUGCUGUCUGCGUCCCUUGUCUUGUCUGCGUCUUCGUUUUCUCAUUCACACUCGAUUGCAUCUCCCCUAAACAACCGUUUUCCAACUCCAUCGUUAAUCAGCCUUCCUUCCUUCAUGUUCCACCCCCCCCCCAGUCCCUCCGCUCGCUUUCAUAUCCUCUUCGUGUUCGUUCUCUCUGUUCCCGUUGAUAUAUGGUUGUUCUCGCGUUGCCUGUCCCCCUUUCUCCUACAUGUCCAUUCAUCUGUCUUGCUUGUGUCUUGUCUUCGUCUCCCCAUUCACACACAACGGCGACUUGAAGGUGCGGUUUUACUACAACUGGGUGCCGUGACAGUGACGUUGCAAGCUUGCAUGAACACCAACUACAAACAUACAGCAGCCAUCUUCUCGUCAUGCACCUUCACCAAAUAUGCACAACGAAUAGGG